GUUCUCAUCCCUCUCCAUAUUAAGGAAACCAUGGUGGCGUAGUGGUUAAGUGCUACAGUUCCUAAUGAAAGGGUCGGCAGUUCGAAUCCAUCAGGCGCUCCUUGGAAACUCUAUGGGGCAGUUCUACUCUGUCCUAUAGGGUCGCUGUGAGUCGGAAUCGACUCGACGGCACUGGGUUUGGUUUUGGUUUUUUGGUUUUCCAUAUUAAUUCAGCGGAACCAACUUGGGCUUUGGAGCCAGAAAAUCCAAAUCUACCUCUGUUAUUCUUUUGAAUAUAACCUCUCAAACGAUGAGUUUGUUACCAGUAACACAUGGAUAAUAAGACUUAACAUGGACUGUAUCCUAGACACUAGGCACUCAGAAAUUGCUUUCCUUCCAUUGCCUUACUUAGUCAUCAGCACAACAUUUUGAAGUAGGUAUUAUUUUUUUUAUCAGUUUCUGUUUUCAUUUUAAAAUGAUGAAUUAAAAGAUCAACCCAGCACUUAACUUAUUACUUGCUAAGCAUACAGCUAGGCACUUUUCCACAGGCCUUUAUUUUUUAUAAGGAAUUAAUUAAUUCACCAUAAAUGUCCAGUUCAGCUCAGACUUAUAAAGAAAUAUUUGAGAGAAUAGGUAUGAUUUCCAAGUGCCUCUUAAACUGCAAGUUAUCUCUUCUUCUAUUUGUAGGUAAGGCAAUCUUCAGGUGAGAGAUGCAUUUCCCUUGCAAGUCAUGCUUGUUCCCUUGCCAUGCCAGUAACAGGCAAGAGUAAGACAUUACGGUCCUCCUUUCUUCAGAGCUUCGAUGUGUUUCAGACUCCUUCUCAACAAGUCACUUUUGGUAGCCAAUAUGGACUAAUCAGAGUCAGCACCUAGAUUAAAAAAAAUUUUUUUUCAUCCCUACCACAUAUGAGUGUUUUCCUUCCCUCAUACAGAAGCUCUAUUUUAAAGUAUUUAAGCUCAAUGCUGCCUGAUGUCUCACUACCACCUUCAAGAAAUUUCUAAUUUCGUAUUCUCAACAAAAAUAGAAGCACUUAAAAUAACUUUGCUUAUGGAUGCACCAACCUGUUGAUGACUAGUUAAUACCAUAUACUAUUCUGAGACAAAUAUCUCUUUCUCAUAAUUUCAGAUUCUUCAAGGUCACUGUGGUAGCUUCCGCCUUUUCCUCUGACAUCAUGCAAAAUCAAAGCUUUGUAACUGAGUUUGUCCUCUUGGGGCUUUCACGGAAUCCAAAUGUUCAAAAAAUAGGAUUUGUUAUAUUUUUGUUCUCCUACUUUGCAACUGUUGGGGGCAAUUUGCUGAUUGUGGUGACCAUUAUCAGCAGCCCAGCACUCCUGGGCUCCCCCAUGUACGUCUUUCUGGCCUUCCUGGAUGUGUGCUAUUCCUCUGCAUUCGCCCCAAAGAUGAUUGUAGACUCACUCCACGAGAGGAAAACCAUCUCCUUCGAGGGCUGCAUGACCCAGCUCUUUGCUGAAUAUUUAUUUGCUGGUGCUGAAAUAAUUAUUCUCUCUGCCAUGGCCUAUGACCGCUAUGUUACCAUUUGCAAGCCAUUGUGCUACCUCUCUCUCAUGAACGGGAGGCUCUGUGGUAUCCUGAUGGGGGUAGCCUGGACAGGAGGCUUCUUGCAUUCUGUGAUACAAAUUCUCUUUACUUUCCAGCUGCCCUUCUGUGGCCCCAAUGUCAUCAAUCACUUCCUACGUGAUUUGUACCCAUUACUGGAGCUUGCCUGCACUGAUACUCACAUACUUGGCCUUUUGGUGGUUGCCAGUAGUGGGUUUAUUUGCAUCAUAAAUUUCUUAUUGUUGCUUAUCUCUUAUUGUGUCAUCUUGUUCUCGCUAAGAACACAUAGCUCUGAAGGCCAGAGGAAAGCUCUUGCCACCUGUGGAUCUCACAUUUCUGUUGUGGUUUUAUUCUUUGUCCCAUGCAUAUCUCUGUAUGCCCGACCUCCAUCUGCUUUUUCCUUCGAUAAGAUGGUGGCCAUAUUUUACACCAUUGUAACUCCCCUGCUCAAUCCUGUGAUUUACACUUUCAGGAAUAAGGAAGUGAAAAACGCCAUAAGGAAGUUGUGGACCAAAUUGCUGGUGGUUUUUAAUUAAAAAUAAAACACUAAACAUAACAAAUUAAACCUUCCAGAAGAAAGAAAUCAAAACGGGCUCAGACAAGAACUUUGUAGGGAAUGGACCUUGUAAGACAGAAGGAAAUGUAAUACAACACAAAAACACUGAUGUGGAGGUCUGGAAAUGCUCUUUGCAUCCUCAGAUUACUCAUCAUCUCAGAGUUGGCAGCUCAGUAUCCUUUUAUGUAAACUAAGGAGAGUUGAAUUUUUUUUUGCAGUUUUUUUUUAGUAAUUUUUAUCGUACUUUAAGUGAAAGUUUAAAAAUCAAGUCAGUCUCUCACACAAAAACCCAUAUACACCUUGCUACACACUCCCAAUUACUCUCCCUCUAGUGAGACAGCCCAUGCUCUCCCUCCACUCUCUCUUUUCGUGUCCAUUUCCCCAGCUUCUAAUCCCCUCCACCCUCUCAUCUCCCCUCCAUGCAGGAGAUGCCAACAUAGUCUCAAGGGUCCACCUGAUCCAAGAAGCUCACUCCUCAUCAGCAUCCCUCUCCAACCCAUUGUCCAGUCCAAUCCAUGUCUGAAGAGUUGGCUUCAGGAAUGGUUCCUGUUCUGGGCCAACAGGUCUGGGGGCCAUGACCACCAGGGUCCUUCUAGUCUCAGUCAGACCAUUAAGUUUGGUCUUAUGACAGUUUGAGGUCUGCAUCCCACUGCUCUCCUGCUCUCUCAGAGUUUUUCUGUUGUGUUCCCUGUCAGGGCAGUCAUCAGUUGUAGCUGGGCACCAUCUAGUUCUUCUGGUCUCAGGAUGAUGUAUUCACCGGUUCAUGUGGCCGUUUCUGUCUCUUGGGCUCGUAAUCACCUUGUGUCCUUGGUGUUCUUCAUUCUCCUUUGAUCCAGGUGGGUUGAGACCAAUUAAUGCAUCUUAGAUGGCUGCUUGCUAGCGUUUAAGACCCCAGACGCCACUCUUCAAAAUGGGAUGAAGAAUGUUUUCUUAAUAGAUUUUAUUAUGCCAAUUGACUUAGAUGUUCCCUGAAACCAUGGUCCCCAGAACCCUGCCCCUGUUACGCUGGCCUUCAAAGCAUUCAGUUUAUUCAGGAAACUUCUUUGCUUUUGGUUUAAUCCAAUUGUACUGACCUCCCCUGUAUUGAGUGCUGUCAUUCCCUUCACCUAAAGUAGUUCUUAUCUAAUUAGUGAAUACCCGUCUCCCAC